AUGGAUUGCAGGGAAGUGGAUGUUUCAUUCUUCCUAACCAACACCUCACUUCACCGCCAUUUCUUUCAUUCGUCCUCAACCAUUAACCUCAUGCUUACCCACCACAUCAACCGCUUUCUCUCCAUCCGAUCCCCUAAAACCCUUCAAUCACUCAUAGAGUACCAUGCUUACAUUAUUACUACAGGCCAUCACUCAACUAACGUCUUCAUUUCUUCAAAGCUCAUUUCCCUCUAUGCUUACCUCCAUAAGCCUGCAUCAUCUAAACAAGUAUUUGAUUCUUUUAAUGGUUAUAGAGACGUUUUCCUUUGGAACUCUAUCAUCAAGGCUUACUUUUCUAAUGGAAUGUAUCCACAAUGUCUCGACUCUUAUGCUUCCAUGAGGGUUUUGACUACUCUUAUGCCAAACCAGUUUACUGUUCCCAUGGUUGUUUCCGCUUGCGCCGAGGUUGGGGAUUUGGUUCAUGGCAUGAUUGUACAUGGCUUGGUGUUUAAAGUUGGUAUGUUUGAAGGAAGUUCUGCCAUUGGGUCUUCAUUUGUGUAUAUGUAUUCAAAAUGUGGGCAUGUGGACAGUGCACGACAGGUGUUUGAUGAAAUGUAUCUGAGAGAUGUGGUUGCUUGGACUUCCCUUGUUAUCGGGUAUGUGCAGAAUGGUGAGAGCGCAAAAGGUUUGAGGUGUGUUUGUAAGAUGUAUAGAAUAUGUGGAGAGGAUGCGAGGCCAAAUUUUAGAACAUUAGAAGGUGCCUUUCAAGCUUGUGGCAAUUUGGAGGCGGUGUAUGCAGGUAGAUGCUUACAUGGGGUAGUUGCAAAAUCUGGACUGGGAUGUUACACAGUUGUUCAAUCUUCAAUCUUGUCCAUGUACUCGAAGUGUGGAACACUUGAGGAAGCUUAUAUGUCGUUUUGUGAAGUUCCUGUGAAAGAUAUCAAGUCCUGGACAUCAAUUAUUGGUGUAUAUGGAAAAUGGGGAUGUAUUACACGAAGUUUAGGAGGUUUUAUGGAAAUGCUUGUUGCUGGGAUAGAUCCUGACCCAAUGGUUGUCAGUUGUUUGAUAUAUGGUUUAUCUAACUCUAUCUGCAUCUCUGCUGGAAAGACGUUUCAUGGGUUUAUGAUUCGAAGACAUUAUCAGAUGGUUCACAACGCAUUGGUGUCAAUGUACUGUAAGUUUGGACUGAUAAGUUAUGCAGAGAAUGUAUUUAAUGGUGUGUGCAUCCUUGAGGAAGAGGUUUGGAAUGCGAUGGUAUGUGGCUAUGGUAAAGUAAAAUGUGGAGUGAAGUGUAUUGAUUUGUUUACAGAAAUGCUACAUCUAGGCAUCAAUCCUGAUCCUUACAGUUUGGUAUCAGUUAUCUCUUCAUGUUCACAAAUGGGAGAGAUGCAUUUAGGGAGGUCUCUUCACACUUAUGCUGUUAAGAGCUUGGUGAAAGAGCAUACAUCCGUGUUAAAUUCUCUCAUAGACAUGUACAGUAACCUUGGUGAAGUGGCCAUAGCAAGGAAGCUAUUUUGUAGGACAAAUAAGGAUAUUAUCACUUGGAACACGAUGAUCUCUGCUUAUACGCACUGUGGGAAUUAUGCCGAGGCCUUUUCCUUGUUCAAUAAAAUGGUAUUAGAAGGCACUAAACCUACCACAACAACCAUAAUUAGCAUGCUUUCUGCUUGUGCCCAUAUGGCAUCAUUUGAGAAAGGAGAGCAGAUACACAAGUACAUCGAUCAGGAAAUGCUUUCCUCGAACUUGACCCUUGCUACUGCAUUAGUUGACAUGUAUGCGAAGUGUGGGCAGCUUGAAAAAUCCAAAAACAUAUUCAACAAAAUGACAAAAAGGGAUAUUAUUUCUUGGAAUGUGAUGAUCUCUGGUUAUGGGAUGCAUGGAGACGCCCAAUCAGCAAUAGAUACUUUCCAACAAAUGGAGCAAUCAAAUGCUAAACCAAAUGAGCUCACUUUUCUUGCAGUUCUUUCAGCAUGCAGCCAUGCAGGGCUUGUUGAUGAAGGAAAAUCUUUAUUUGGUAGAAUGGGAGAUUACUCUCUGAAACCCACACUCAAACACUAUGCUUGCAUGGUAAAUCUUCUUGGUAGGUCAGGUUAUCUGCUCGAGGCAGAAAAUUUGGUUUUGUCAAUGCCAAUAGUUCCAGACGGGGGUCUGUGGGGCGCUUUGCUAAGUGCUUGCAAAACCCACAACAAUCCUGAAAUGGGUAUCAGGAUAGCAAAGCGUGCUAUUGAAUGUGACCCAGAAAAUGAUGGAUACUAUGUAAUUGUUUCAAACUUGUAUGAUUCCAUAGGCAUGUGGGAGGAGGCUGAAUGGAUGAGAAACUUGAUGAAGGAAAGGGGAGUGGAAAAGGCUGUUGGUUGGAGUGCAGUGUGAUGGUAAUCCAUUUGCAAGGUGUGAUCUCUGUGAUUAGAUCCACACCUUGCUAAAAAAAUUGUUUAUAGACCAUUGGAUUACAGGUACUCUAACUAUAAACAAUUUUUUUUAGUAAGGUGUGGAUCUAAUCACAGUAAUGGUGCGGAAUUUCAUUCAAUCUAAAAAAUACGUUAAGCUUUCAUGCCCAUGCAUUACAGUUGAGCGUGUCAAUAUCAUGACUGCAUGAUGAUAAAAUAUUAUCAUCUCUUGGACUCAAGUGGGAUGUCAAUAGAAACAACAUCAAUCAGCAAAGCAGGCACCUCAAAACUUUUUCUUCUCUUAAUGUUAUCAGAAGUUCUUCCUACUUCUUGCUUAUCGCUAGACUGUGUUAAAUGAACGGGUAGCGACACGAAUGAGUAAUAUGAAAGACAAGGUUGUUUCAGACGGCAAUUCAUGCUCUGAAAGUGCCAUUUCUUCUUCAAGAGUGAUUCAUGCUCUCAAGGUGUGUUUCCCGCUCCCAAGAUAUUGGAAGAUCUUCAACAAUGUCGAGCGUGGGCUAGAGUUGAAGACAAUCAUCUU